CCCACACCCACACCCACACCCACACCCACACCCACACCCACACCCACACCCACCCACACCCACACCCAGGUAAUAAAAAAAAAAGAAAUAAAAUUUGUACAUAACGUUUGUUCACUUGCAGAUCCACCACCAAUUCAACUUAUUCGAGUAUUAUGUCGGCAUUUUGGAGAAACAGUCCAUCAUAUUUAUUGUGAUAUAGUACGUAUUAUUAUUCUUUUUUAUAUGGUCUUGAUUCGAUAUAUUUUGUAUUUUAUAUUGAACAUAAACUUAGUUAGUCUAUAGCUGAGAUCAGUGCAGUUAGAUAUCAAUUAAAGUUAGUUUAAUACUUUCAAAAAGAUAUUAGAGUAUCAGUACGUAUUACGUAAUAACAUCCCAUUUGACGACAUGAUCACGUAUUAUUGACGUUUUUAAACAAGUGACUGUCAUACUUCGAUCAUAUAUUUUUAUGAAUGAAGUUUUGUAGAAUUAUUAAGUGAAUAAAAUUCCAUAUAGUUUUUUUUCUCAUAAUCAUCAUUUCACUUUUGAAAUGAAUUCAACUGAUUAUUUCUUUGUCAUUUCAGUAUAAAUUAGUUAGUCUAUAUUGUCUUGUAUAUGAAUACAUUGUAUAUGUAUUUGAUAAAUAAUUUCUUCAUAGAAACUACAUAUAAAUAAAGCAAUAAUUUAGUAUGACAGGUACAUAAAAAUGCUCCGAAACAUUUAUCCUAUAUCAUCGAAAAACUUAUUCGUUUCAUAAAUAAAUUCUUAUUGGUUGUUCUCUCUAUCAAAUUAAGUAAUUGUAUUUUGAUCACAAAUUUUUCUUUUGAUUAUUCCAUAUAAUACUAUCGAUCAAUUUGGAAAAUCGUUUCGCUUAUGUCGAGUUUAAGCAUGCUUAUUUAUUUAGACACCACCAACUCCUUAUCCUACAUUAGUGCUGAUGAACGAUGUGAUGCAUAUUUUUGUGGAUUUCAAUCCAAUCGUAUCUUCGACUUCUCCAGAUGAUGGUUUAGCUCUUCUUUUGGCAAUGUAUGCUGUAUUCAAAUUAAAUUUUAAUAAAAAUAAUCGAACAAUUCGAUUAUUAUAUGCAAUAGUCUUUGGUGAUAAACGAUUUAUUUCAAACAGUAUUCGUGAUAAUGACUCAAUUGAUAUUAACACCGAUUCUUAUGAUAAUUCCAGCAAAGUAUUUGAACAAUCAUCAUCAUCAUCAUCAUCAUCUUCAAAUGUUGUGGCUACUCAAAAACGUAAACGUGCAGCAUCAACUCAAAAAUCAAAAGAUAAAGAAAAUUGUAUUUCAUUUGAUGACAGUAAUGAUGAUGAACAUGAUCAAGAAGAUACUAUUUGUUCGAGUGGUUCUCAAUUAUCUUCAGCUGUUCGACGAACAAGACAAAAGACACGCCGUUAUUAA